AUGAAAAUAAUUAUUGGAAUUGUGUUAUUAUUUAUUUUUAAAUUAACAUAUUGUAAUAAUCAUAAUGAAUAUAUUUCUUAUGAUAAAACAUAUAAAUAUUUAGUAGACAUAUCUAAAAAUAAUAAUAAAUUAAUAUGUGUUGAAAAAGAAUAUAAUAAUCUAAUUUAUUAUACACACAAUAAUGAAUGUGAUCCUCACAAUACUUUUAGUUUUUCCUUUAACUCUACAUUUAAUUUUGAUGAAGAAUUUUAUAUCUAUUAUAAAAAUAACAAAAAUUCUUUUAUUGAAACUGAAAUAAGCCCAUAUAUGGCUAUAGGCUCAUGUAUAAAUUGUUUAUUUUUGGAUGAAAUAAAUUUAUUAAGUCUAUACGGAUAUACAUUUAUUUAUAACAAUUCAGACGAUUACUAUUAUAAAACUUAUUACAAGGGCAUCCUCGAUUUGUAUCACGACGCCGAGGUUGGCAGUGGCAGUGGCAGUGGCAGUAGUGGCAGUAGUGAUAGUAGUGAUAGUAGUGGGAGUAGUGGGAGUGGUAGUAGUGGCAGUGGCAGUAGUGAUAGUAGUGAUAGUAGUGGGAGUGGCACUUUUCCAAAGCAGAGUGAAGCGAACCCAGUUGAUGGGGAAAGAGAAAGUGGUGUUAUUCCUUAUAUAUGGGGUGAGAAAAAUAAAACCAAGUUAGAAAUAAACUCAAUAAAUGGGUUGCAUAAUAUUGAAAUAGAAAAGUUAGAUAAAUUUUUAAAAGAUAAUACGAUACAUUAUACAAAUGAUGAAAUAAAUAAAGAAAAUGAAAAUACAUCAAAUUCUUAUGAUUAUUCUUUAAAUAAAAAAAUUAUAAAUGAUUUUUUUAUGAAUUUUAAAGAAAAAUCAAAAAUAUCUGAAUAUACAAAUGGAAAAUCAUUACUUAAUAAUAACAAAGAUAUAUCAUUUAUUGAUACAUUAACUAAUAUUGUAUAUAAAAAAAAUGAAUGUAAAAAAUAUAUGAAAGAUAUAAAUAAACAAAAAAUAUGGUCUAAUAUAAUUUUUAUUAAUUUUACAAAAAAUUUAAAUAUUUUAUCACAUAUUAAAAGAUAUAGUGGAACAUAUAGACAACUUAAAGAUAUGUCAUUGGGAAGAAUAAAUUCUGAUAAAAAAGGAAAUAUAAAUAAUAAUUACAAUUUUUUUAAUAAAAAUUCUAAAAUUAAUGAAUAUAUAAAAAAUAUACUCGAUUUAAAUAAUAAAGAAUAUCUAAUAAAUAAUAAUCUCUUUAUUUUAUUAGCAAAUGAUGAUGUUAAACAAUUAGAUGAAAUUAUAUUUUGCUCAAAAGAUAAAAAUAAUUAUUCUCCUUUAUUUUAUAUUAAUAAUAAAAAUAUAUCUAUAGAAUAUGAAAAUAUUAAAAAUAAAUAUAUGUCUACUAAUGGAAACAAUUAUGUUUUUUUGAUCAAAGUUUUAUUUUUUAAAAAAAAAAUUAAAUUAAUUUUAGUUGAUUAUAUAAGAGGUGUUACUGACCCUAUGAAAUUAGCUAUUCCAUUCUUUUUUUUUUCUACUCAUUCUUUUUUUUCACAGUUUGUUCAUUUUUUUAUAAAAGACAAUUUGAUAGGUUGGAUUCAGAAAAGCAAGGUUCUAUACUUAACGUCGAUAAAAAAAAUUAUAUCAUACCUGUUUGAAAGUACCAUUUAUAGCAAAAAAAAGUAUGAUGUUAUUUCAAUCGAAAACAAAAUAAUAUCAAAUAUAUUUUUAUUAGAUUUAUGCCAUUCAAUCUUUAAGUUUGUGAUAUUUGGACGAUAUAAUCCGAUAAAAGAUUAUUCAUUAUAUAAGUCUAUAAGUUUUGAAUCAAUUUUAUUAAAUAUGAUAAGUACAUUUAAAUUAGAUGAAUUAACAAAUUAUAAAAAAUAUUUUGAAAAGAUUACAAAAAAAGAAACAAAUAAUAUAAUUAAUUUAAAAAAAAUAAAAAGAAUGGAUAUUUUUGAAAUUAUAAUUGUACCAUCUAAUAAUUAUAUUAAUUUUCAAAAAAUUUUAUCAAAUUUAUUUAAAGCUAUAUUUGAUUGUGGAGGUAAACAUGUUUCAAAAAUAUUGCAAAUUGCAAUACCACGAGCACAUUAUGAUAUGUUAUAUAGUUUUAAUUGUUACAACUAUCAAUUACAUAGUUUUUUAGUUAAUCUUCUCGAUCUUCAUAACUAUUAUUAUGAGCAUGCUGAUGUAGACAAUUUAUUCAAAGAGAGUCACAAUAUUCUCAAACAAUUGAUCAACCUUUCUCUGGAUGAAAUGGUCAAUUUGAUUCCUUUCAAUCAUGAUAAAAAUCUUAUAAAAUAUUUCAUUAUUAUUCUUUACUUUGGAAAUGAUAUGUUCUGCCUGGAUAAAGAAAACUCAACAUACAUACAACUUAUACAUGAAUUGAGAUAUUUAAAUAUAUCACAUGCAAUAAUGAUUGCAUAUUUAUCUGGAGAUAAGAUUGGAACUCUGUGUUUGUGGGAAACAGAAAAAAAUGAAGAAAAAAAUGAAAUAGUAGAAUAUAAAAAAAAUAUUUAUGAUGUUCCAAAUAUUCUUGAAAUGAAAUAUACUACAUUCCCAGAUUCUAAUAUAUAUUUGAAAAAAGUUGGGAUUGAUAGUUCAAAUAUUAUAGCAUCAACAUCUAUGUUUUUAAAAAGAUUUAAUAAUAUAUAUUUUGGGGAUAUACAUCUAAUAAUAGAAAAUACAAAUAAAUAUGUGGUAAGCAUAUUUUUAGUAUCUUUUAUGGCAAGUGUUGUUUUAAUUGCUGGAGAACUUGUAAAAGAUUUGAAAAGAAUUUAUAUUUAUAGAAUAUUUAAAAAUAUAUUUAUACAAAAUUAUGCAUAUAAUAUAACAAAAUAUUAUACAUUUUGGAACACGAAAAUAUAUGGAUUUUCACAAUAUGAACCUGAAUGUAUGUUACUAUUUAAUAAAUAUAAUUUAUAUGAAAAAUAUUACAAUACUACUUCUACACUUAUUACUGACUCAUUAAGCUCUCAAAAUAUAGCCAGUUUAAAAAAAAAAAUACUGGACAAAAAAAUGGGCAAAAUAGUAGAGAAAAAAAAUGAACAAAAUGAACAAAAUGGGCAAAAUGGGCAAAAUGGACAAAAUGAACAAAAUGGACAAAAAAAUCCCGAUUUUGAACAUGAGCAAGACACUCCCUCUUCUCUAACUAGCCAAAAUAAAAAAAGUAUGCUUUACCAAAAUGAAGAACUUAUAAAAUAUUUUUCUCAAAAAAAAAACAGCUGUCUAUGUGAUAAAAAUAUGAUUAAUAAAUCGAAAGGGGAAUAUGUUGUAAGUGAAUAUUUAGAACUUCGAUACAAAUUUAUGAAUAAAAUAAAAAAAACUAAUACAAAAUUAUAUGAAAAAAUGUUAAAUUAUAAUUUUUUUAAUGAUCCUUUAGAUAUAUCAUAUAAAACAAAACAUUUUGAAAAUGAACAAUUAAUAGACAUAUGUAAAGAUAUCAAAUUUCAAAAAAAUAAUUUAUGCUUAUUUCAUAAAUCAAGAAUUAUAUUAACAUAUUUAUAUUUAUUAUCAUCACAACCAGAUUUUAUAUUUUAUGUAAUAAGUCCAUUAGUUUUUAUUAAGCCACAAAAAUAUUGUGAUAAAUAUGAUAUACCAUUAGUUUUAAAUCAUAUGCUAAAAAAUAGAAAUUUUUAUAAAAAAAGUUCAAAAAUUUGUAUAAAUUAUGCAUUUGCACAUUUUAUAUCAAUAGGUGAUCAAACAAAAAACUUAGUCAUUACAGCAAAACUUAGUGGAACUAUGGUAAAUAUAAAUGCAAGCAAUUUAUUAUUACUUCUUCCUAUGAGUAAGCGAGUUGAUAUAUUAGAUUAUUCUCAAAAUAAUGAAUAUGAUAUUAAAGAAGAAAUAUUAAAUGAAUAUUUUAUAUUAGGUAACCCAUACACUCCUAUAAAUAUUAUUUCAUAUACUUAUAAAGAAUAUGAUAAAAUUAAAAAAAAUUCUCAUGUUACUAUUUUAGGAGCUUUUAUAAAACAAAAUGAUAAAAAUUUUGUUACUUAUCAUAAUAUUACUGAAAAUUAUGAUACAAAAGCUGGUUGCUCAACUGGUCAUAUGUUUGAGUUAGAUGGAAAACCUAUGUGUUUUUGUAAUAUAUUAUCAAAUCAGAAAAAUAAUGAAAAUAGUGAACAUAUUAAAGAUCAUCAUACUUAUAAAAAUUGCAUAUAUCCAUUUUGUGAACAAAGCAAACAAUUUUGUUAUCUAAAUGAAAAAUGUGUAGAUGGGAAAUGUGUUUGUAUUGAUGGAUAUUCAAGAAAUCCUAUGAGUUCUUUAUGUGAAAAAAAUAACGAAUGUGUUUUAAAUUCAAAAGAUGUAUGUAAAGAUCCAGGAAUGUGUGUACUUGCAGAUAAUCGUUAUGUUUGUUUAUGUCCAUUUCCAUAUGUUCGAGUAUUCAAAGAUUGCUUACACCCAAUGACUGCAAUCAAAAUGAAGCUUAUAAUUUUUAGCAAUUUUAAAAACGAUUUUUCAAACGAUGAAAAUGAUGCUUUCAAAAAAGAAAAUUUCUACAUAAAUGUCUUUGGAUCUAUGCCUCAAUAUAUUAAGGAGGCCAUCAAUAGUAUAAUUAAAACCGAUCUACGAUAUCGAAUUUACGUUAAACCGAUAAAAAAAUUUAAGCAUGGAAUAAAGACAACGGUAAUUAUAAAUCAAAGGACUGACCCAAACGAACCAACUCCUAUUGAAGUAUUUAAUAUUUUUUUAAACCAAUUAAGUGAUUCUCGAUCAGCUUUAAAUAAUGGGUUUUAUUCAUAUUUUGCCCGAUUUACAUAUAUCGAGUAUGUACAUGCUUUUUCAACAAAUGAACAUAUUUCUUCUUUUUAUGAAAGUUUCAUAAAAUAUUUGCCAAAUUUUUUAAUUAAUAAUUUUAAAGUUGAUUUAUUUAACGAAACCUCUAUCUUUGUGUGUAUAAAUUUUAUGAUACUAAUUAUUGUUAUAUUUAUGUUGUUUUUUUAUUUUAUAUAUUCAUGCGUGAAAAAUAUGUUUAUACGAAACGGUCGAAUAAACACAUUUUGA